CGGAAAUAUAGCUCGCACGCCCUCCCCGUCGAGAUCGUUCUCCCGUGCUCCCGCCCCGUCCACACUCGCGAGCUCCAGAUCCCCGAACCCUGACCCCCCCGCAUGCCAUCCCACUAGCCCGCUCGCUCGCUCCCCCGCAUGGCGCCGCGUCUCCUGCUCCUCGCCCUCGUCGCGGCGGCCGUGGCCGUGCCGCCGGCGAGCGCCGCGGUGGCGAGCAUCGACCUGGGCUCCGAGUGGCUCAAGGUCGCGGCCGUGCACCUCGCGCCGGGCCGCGCCCCGAUCGCCGUCGCCAUCAACGAGAUGUCCAAGCGCAAGUCCCCCGCGCUCGCCGCGCUGGCCGACGGCAACCGCCUCGCCGGCGAGGAGGCGGCCGGCAUCACCGCGCGCCACCCGGCCAAGGUCUUCUCCCGCAUGCGCGACCUCCUCGCCAAGCCCUUCCCCUACGCGCGGGCCCUCGCCGACUCGCUCUUCCUCCCCUACGACCUCGUCCAGGACGCGCGCGGCGCCGCCGCGGUGCGCGCCGACGACGGCCAGGUCUACACCGUCGAGGAGAUCGUCGCCAUGGUGCUCCACUACGCCUCCGGGAUCGCCGACGCGCACGUCGGCCUGCCCGUGCGGGACGCCGUCGUCGCCGUGCCGCCCUACUUCGGCCAGGCCGAGCGCCGGGCCCUCACGCAGGCGGCCCAGCUCGCCGGGUUCAACGUCCUGGCGCUCGUCAACGAGCACGCCGGGGCCGCGCUGCAGUACGGGAUCGACAAGGACUUCUCCAACGAGUCACGCCAUGUCAUCUUUUACGACAUGGGCUCAGGCAGCACCUACGCCGCGCUCGUCUACUACUCGUCCUACAGCGCCAAGGAAUUCGGGAAGACGGUGUCUGUCAACCAGUUCCAGGUUAAGGAUGUCAGAUGGAACUCCAAACUUGGAGGCCUUGAAAUGGAAAUGCGUUUGGUAAACUAUUUUGCUGAUCAGUUUAACAAGCAGCUUGGCAAUGGGGAUGACAUCCGUCAGUCUCCUAAAGCAAUGGCUAAGUUGAAGAAGCAAGUCAAGCGCACCAAAGAAAUUCUGAGUGCAAAUACUGCUGCUCCGAUCUCAGUUGAAUCUCUAUAUAACGAUAUUGAUUUCAGGAGCACAAUAACUCGUGAAAAAUUUGAAGAGCUUUGUGAAGAUUUAUGGGAGCAGGCUCUGACUCCAAUUAAAGAUGUGCUUGCCCAGUCAGGCAUGAAAAUUAGUGACAUCUAUGCUGUAGAGCUAAUAGGAGGAGCUACCAGGGUACCGAAACUGCAGACUAAGCUGCAGGAAUUCCUGGGACGGAGUGAGCUAGAUAAGCACCUUGAUGCUGAUGAAGCAAUUGUUCUUGGUGCCUCACUGCAUGCUGCUAAUCUAAGUGAUGGGAUUAAGUUGAACCGUAAGUUGGGGAUGAUUGACGGUUCUACUUAUGGUUUCGUGUUUGAAAUAGAUGGCCCAGAUUAUGUCAAAGAUGAAAGUACUGAUCAAGUACUGGUGCCAAGGAUGAAAAAAAUGCCGAUAAAGUUAUUCAGGUCAAUCAAACAUACUAAGGACUUUGAUGUGUCUCUUAGCUAUGACAAAGCUUCUGAGUUGCCCCCAGGUGUUUUAUCACACAAGUUUGCGGAUUAUGCUAUAUCAGGCCUGACAGAAACCACUGAAAAGUAUGGAAGCCGCAAUUUAUCUGCACCCAUCAAAGCAAAUCUACAUUUUUCUUUGAGUAGAAGUGGAAUUAUUUCUCUUGAUAGGGCAGAAGCAGUGAUUGAGAUAACUGAAUGGGUUGAAGUUCCAAAGAAGAACGUAACACUAGAGACUAAUACCACCGAUCAGACUUUGUCUGCUGAAUCAGGAACAUCUGAUAGUACAACGGAUAGUAAGGAGAAUUCUAGUUCAGGAAGUGAUGCUGAUAAUUCUAGCACUACCAAUGAUGAGAGCAAUGUGCAAGAUACUAUUACAGAGAAGGUGCUGAAGAAAAGAACCUUCAGGGUUCCAUUGAAGGUCACUGAAAAAACAGCUGGUGCUGCAUCAAUCCUUUCAAAGGAGCUGUAUUCUGAGGCAAAAAGUAGGUUAGAUGUACUUAAUAAGAAGGAUGCUGAACGGAGGAGAACUGCUGAACUGAAAAAUAACCUAGAGUCUUACAUAUACUCUAUGAAGGAAAAGUUGGAGGAAAGCACAGAUAUGUUGACCGUCUCAACUGAACAGGAGAGGGAAUCUUUUACAGAAAAACUCAGUGAGGUGCAGGAUUGGCUGUAUAUGGAUGGUGAAGAGGCUCAAGCAAACGAAUUUCAAGAGCGCCUUGAUCAGCUUAAGGCCAUGGGCGACCCAAUUCUUUUCAGAAUGAGUGAGUUAAAAGCCCGACCAGCAGCUUGCGGAAGUGCUCGAUUAUAUCUUACUGAGCUACAAAAGAUCGUUAAGAACUGGGAGACAAGCAAACCAUGGCUUCCAAAAAAGAGAGUAGAUGAGGUCGUAAGUGAAGCAGAUAAACUGAAAGCUUGGUUGGAGGAGAAGGAAGCCCUACAGAAGAGCACCCCUGUCCACAGCUUGCCUGCUUUCACAUCUGAAGAGGUCUAUAAGAAAGUUUUAGCCCUACAAGAUAAGGUCUCUAGUGUCAAUAGGAUUCCAAAGCCAAAACCCAAGGUUGAGAAGAAACCUCCAAAGGAAGACGCUAACAAGGACAAGACGGACUCUUCAGAAUCUGCAUCCAGCGAGCCUGAGCCUGAGUCCACCGAGAAGUCGUCGGAAUCAGAUGCCCCGGAAAAGACUAACGAUUCAGAACCAGAAUCUCAUGAUGAGUUGUGAUUAUUAGGAUCAGCUUUUGAUCCCCCUGGGAGAGAUACUGCUCAAUAUACUCCGAGAAGAUAGUUUGUACCACAGUUUUGUUUGACGGCCGAAAGACGAGGUUUGUGUAGGAAUUCGCGGCAGGCUAGAUGCUAUAUGGGCGAGAAGAAUUUGAUAUAAAUCCCUGUAUAGCAGUAUUGUGGUCUCUAGGGCAUAUGCUGUCAAGAUAGCGCCUUGAAAGGCUUAGUUGUCAGGACUGAGAAGACUUUGUAGCUGCAUUGUUGUACUGAAACUCAUUUAUAUUUUGAUAACAGCUACUAUAGAGAUUUCAUGUC